CUCGGUGGUGCGCCUCACAACCACCUUUCACUCAGAGAGAGGAGGAGCUCUACGAAAACCCUAGAAACUAACCGCAAGAAUAGAUCGACUGGGGCGAGACGGCGGAGCAGAGGCGUGGACGGUCGCGACACGUCGAAGCUUCUGGCGGAUCUCGGAUCUCGGAUCUGACCCAGAUCCGAGCGCAAUCGGCGACUAACAGUAGAUCCAGGGCCCCCAAGGCCAUCGCAGACCCUUCUCGCCUCGCUGAUGGUCCAGAGAAAGCAAAGACCCUUUGAUUUCAGUUAAAUCCGGCGAAGAAGAUUUCAUCGGACCCAGACACAUCAAGCAAGGAGGAGAGAAAAGGAGAAGAUAGCAGAGGGUGAAGGCGAUGAAAAGGAACCGGUAGACAGAGGAGGGAGACCGACGGCGAAAGGUGCCGUCGGCCACCUGAACGAGCAGUUAAAGCGGCGGUGACCUGAAGUUUACGAUGGGAGAAGGGAGAGACUAAAGAGAGAGUUUCACUUCUCUCUCCUCUCUCUUGCGUUUUUGGUUUUCCCCUGAUUGCUCUUUGUUCUAUUAAGCGAUAAACAACUCCUGAUCAAAACAUCACCACCACAAAAAAAUCAAUCAUAAUUAAUAGAAAUCUACUAAUAUAUAGGACGGAAGAGAAAGAGUAGAGAAAUGACUUAUCCAUGAUCUUCAAGGUUAUGCUAUUAUCUUUUGUGAUAUCGAAUGGAGCUGAUGAAGAAGAGUAUAUUUACACACAAUGGCAGACCUUUGAACCAAUCAUCAUGAAUCAUGAUGUACUUUAGGCAGAGCGUAAUAAAAGGCAGUGCUACUAACAAGUGGGACGUACACUGCACAAUCAGUUAUUUAGAACCGAUCUUCCUCUUUUCGUCAAGACGACCCAAAGCUCGCAAGUACCCUCCGCCAAAUGUGGUUUCUUACGCCACAUCCCUUCUACUCAAGACCGUCACGCGACAACACACCAUCAAAUUUAAUGGUUCAACUAAUGUCUUUCAGCUUGAUUUUUAAGUUACAAUAAUUAUUUUCUAAUUCAAGGUCCUUGUAACGUAAAACUUUUUCAUUCUUCUGCAUCAUUCAAUAACGAAUAUCCUGUCAAGAAAAAUAAAGUAGUUCUCGUUUCUUAUAUAGAAUAUCCAAAGUACCAAGCCUUAUGCAUUGUGCUAGUGGGACACCACUAGUGUGACAAAUAGAGAAGAUUGUGCUAGUGGGACGCCACUCAACAUAUACAUGUUUACUAUAUUUCUUUGAAAUUGUUUAAAUACCAGUACGAUUUGACCAUCACUUGAUAUAUGAUUGAUAAAAAAGACCACCAUUUAUUAAAUAUAAAAAAAUUUAUCUUAAAAUAUAUACAUGUACUUUUCAUGUUUGCCAAAUACAGAUAUAUAAUACAAACUUUUAGUUUUAUGUUGAACUAUAGAUUUCUUAAAUACGAAUUAAUGGUUUAAGUGGUUAACAAUCUGAUUACCUAUCAUUUUACAAAACAAAGAUAUUGUAUUGUAUUGUUUUAAUUUUAGUAAUCUAUAAUCAGAGUCAAAACUUAAAACUCAAAACCAAUUUAUUUUAGUGUUCAAUAUCUUUUAUCACUGUGAUAAACUUCCAUAUAGUUUGUCCGUAGUAAUUUUCUAUCGGCUUCAAUAUGAACAAAUUUGAGAUAUAUAUAUUUUGGUAACACAUCUAUGUUUUUGACACCUUUGUUGAGCUCUGUUGCAAAAAUAGCUUUAUUAUAACAUUUUAGUAAGUGGUGGGAGUGAGUUGGUUUUUUUUACCUCUUACCCAAAACAAACUCUUGUUCGUACAUGCGGCGAAAUUUUCUGCGUGAUAAUACUGGUAUGUACUACUACAUGGACGGUUUGUUAUUUUUCUAUAAUUUGAAGUAUACAUAACUACCGUUGACUCUAGUUAUGGCACCCAUGUUACAUUACCCUUCUGUAACUUUUGUAACAAUAUAAUUAGAAAUGUCCUCACGCAAACUUGUGUAUAUAUAUAUCUUUUUUCUUAUUUUACAUUUUCGAAGAGAGUACAAGACAAGACUUUCUAAAUAUGGCUUCCUUCCAGUUGCAAAGAGCCAUAGAGAACCCAACACUUGAGCUUAAAAUUGUAUCAGCCAGUGAACUAAGCCAUGUUGAUGCCGAAGACAAGAUGGACGUAUACGCCGUAGUUUCAAUUAACGGCGAAACUACUGAAAAGACACAAGCGGCCAAAACACCCAUUGACUACGACGGUUGUUUCAAUCCGACAUGGAAUCACACCAUCAAGUUUUUGUUCAACGAAGAAGCAGCCCGUGAAGGCCUAUUGACCCUCAAGGUCGAGCUGUUUAGCUACUGGCUCGAAGGGAGGGAUGACCUAUAUCUAGGAGAAGUCAACGUCUCCGUUCAGGAGCUUUUCACCACAAACCCGCUUCCACCGUUUGCAAACGGUAACGUCAAUAAAAUGAAGUCGUUGACUUGCCCUAUCAAACUCACAGAUGGAGGAUGUGCCAACGCAAGGUUGAGCCUCUUGUACCGGUUUAAACCAGCACCGGUUGAGGGUCCAUACCAUCCAGAGCCUCAAGAUCAUUCCCCAUCGAUUGGUCAACCCGUUUAUCCAAACCCGGAUCCGGGUCGUCAGCUGGUUGUAUAUUCGCCUCGAAUUCAAACGGGCACAACAAAAAUGGUUUUAGAGGUCGUGAUCAAACACGCCAAGGACAUCAGAGAUGUCAACGCCUUUUCGGUGAUGGAUGUAUACGCAUCCGUUGCUAUCCUCAAGGACAGGAAGGUGAAGGACAGGAUCAACACCCCUGUCGACUUCGCGGCCGAUACAAACCCAAAGUUGAACCAUAGGGUUAAGUUUUCUCUCGACGAAAAGUUAGCUCAAGAAGGGCGUUUGAUCCUCCUCGUGGAAAUGAUGAGCCACAGGCCUUUUCUUGGUGACAAGGAGAUUGGAUUCGUAAGACUUCCUAUUCAACAGCUAUUAGCUUCGAAUCUACCCACUCCGUUAAAAAACGGUGAAGGUAACGGUAUGAAGUUGGAGACACACGCUUUGACGGGUCCUUAUGGGAAAAAGGGUGUCGUGAGCUUCACGUAUAGGUUUCUUACGGAACAAGUCACAUUUUCAACGGUUACACCACCAUCAACCACAACGUCCCAACCAUAUAUGUAUCUACCGGUCUCGCCUCACUCAUAUGCGUCGUCGGAUCCGGUUCAGGUGACCCCGAGUUACGUGCCUGUUCAACAAGGUGGAAAUGCUGGGCCAAGCAACGGUCUAGUACCAAUUUAUAUGCCAACGCCAUAUCAACCACAUGGAUACCAACAAUAUCCAACACUGCCGGCGGCCCAACCGUAUCCGCAUCCGCAGCCACCACCACCACAACUAUAGCAGCUUUCCUCGGCACCACCGGAUACACACGAAUAUACUCUGUCGUACCCGUGCUUUAUUUUUAUUUUUGUUUUAUUAAUUCACCAGUCAUUUUAUUCUAGUGAGUGCAAUAUAAAAAGUUCUCAAUUUGUUAUUUAUAAUUAAAUGGAUUUGAUAUUUUUCCUGCUUAUAAUUUGUAAGAAAGUUUUGCUUAUUCAGUUCAUAUUUUAUUCAUCUUUUUUGUUAGCUUAAAUUGGAAAACCCAACCCGAGGCCGCAUGCAUCACACACUUAUAUAUUACUCUUAUUCACACUCAACACUCAAUUCUCAAUGUG